AUGUCUGCACCACAACCAUUAAACCCGCUCACGCGGGCCUGGCGCCAGUGGAAAUCCCUCCGACUCCCUUGGCGGCGCCAAUUUCUUGCUGGCCAAGACCUCUCCGGAAACACCUACUGGGAAUUCCUCGACCGCGGCGCCCCCCUCCCUCCCUCCUCCUCCUCCCCAUCAUCCCCCCCUUCCCCAGGAACCACCCCCAACAUCCGCUGGCGUCGCAUCGUCCGCUACCCCAGCAACAAACCGCACCACGACUCAGUCACCGUCCCGCCGGCCUGGCAUCAAUGGUUACGACACACGCGUGCCGAUCCGCCGUCGCUGGAUGAACAGCGGGCUGAAGUGGUGAGGCAGGCGCGGAUGAAGGUGUUGGCUGCUGAGGCGGAUGCGAGGUGGGAGGCUAAACCGAGGGUUAUGGAGGAUGUUGGAGGGAGGAGGGGGGGUUCGGAGGGGUCGGUGUUGGGGGUUAGGGAACCGGCGUUGGAUACGGAAGGGGGUGAGCUGGCGAAACGGAGAGUUGAUGCUGGUGAGCUGAGCGGGACUGGGCAAGGGCAGGAGCAAGGGGUCAAAUUGGGAGAUAACGAGAUCGUGAACCAACGAGAAGAUACCUGGAAGCGGAUGCAGAAGGAGGAGAGUAACAAAAGGAAGAGCGCUGCAGCGGAAAAGGGGCCAGAUCCGUGGAAGCAGCAACAGGCCAGGGGUGCGCCGGGCGAGACAUGGCAGCCUAAGGCGUGGGAUCCAGCGGCGAAGAGGUGA